AUGGAGCUUCUGGGCCCACCCAAGCCGUCAAGGUCAUGCGAUCCUAGUCCAUCGGUCAGAAACAGCAGCGCGCGGAAAUCAUCAGCAUCAGUGAACAGUCUGCCUGACGAAAUCCUAUCCAGAAUUCUCUUCCUCGCAGCUACCCCCCACAACUUCUCUCAAGUCGACGCUGCCGCGAGUGGCGCGGAGUCCAGCGUCGAUUUCGAUGUCAGUCCGUGCCAUGGCAUGGGGAUGGUGUCGAAGCGAUGGGCCUCGUUGCUGCCCGUCAUGCGCAUCACCGCUGCUGCCGACCCGACAUCUGGUCGGGAAGACUCUGACGAUCAAGUCGAUUCGCUGCAUCCCGCCCCCACGCUCUCCGCGCCCGCGCUCUUCCGCGCCUUGUCCCGCGCGCCAAGCGUGACGUCCCUCACGCUGGGCGACGGCGCCCUUGAUUUCUACGACCGCCACUUCCUUACCUCUCUGCUCGCCGCUUGUCCCAACCUCACCUGCUUGAGCCUCGGCGAGCCUUGUUUUACCGCCGCACCGCCGCCGUUCUCGAUCGGCCUCGAACCGCUCGACUCGUUCUUCCGCGCCGUAGCGCCGCAGUUACAGGAGCUUGGGCUGCUGCUUCUUAUCGAGGUCACGAAACUUCCGGAUUCCAUCUCGUCGCUGUCGUCGCUGCGCGUGCUUCGCCUGCGCUCCAAAAAAGUUGCAACAGCUCCCGGAGGGGCUGUGUCAUCUGCUCGCUCUUCACGACCUGCGAACUUGUUCCCCCUCCCCCAUUCUCUAUGCGACCUCGCGUCGCUCACCUCACUCUGCAUUGACGGCCCGUGGAACGUGCAACUCCCGAGUGGGAUGGGCGCGUUGCAACAGCUGCGGCGCCUGGAGCUGCGACACUGCGACGGCGAGCUGCCAGACGCGUGGGCGAAGCUGGAAGAGGUGUCGCUGGACAAGUGCAGCAUGCGCUCUCUCCCGCCCACAUGGCUGGAGACUCUCACACGCCUCACCCUCUGCUCCUGUGACCACCUCGAGUCUCGCCCCAUCCACCCGUCGCCUGCGAUUCACCGCUGCGACACUUGA